AGAAAAUAUUGGCUGGGUCUUGAAUUUGGGCUUUCCUCGUUUUUGUUGCCGCAUAAUGAAGCCCAAGCUCAUUAUCCUUUGCGCAAAAGCCCGUUAUGUCUACAGCCCUAGUCUCAACUUAUAACUUCGUCCGUCGUUUGACAUAAACCCUAGCAGCCUCAGAUUCCACCGCUCUCCUCCCAACACCCUUUCCAUUGUCCGCUGCAGGUACUUCCCACUCUUCUUUUCAAAUCGAAAUUCGAUAUUUAUAUGUUCAUCCUUUUGUAAUUCCAGUUCUCUAUUAUCUGUAUGUUCUGAAACUUUGUGGUUUUGGUGAUUUGAUUAGGUAAGCCUCGGGUCGCAAAGUUCAGCAAUGGCUCCUAAAGGUAAUGCUUUUCAUCUUUUCUUGGAAUUUUGUUUAAACUCUUAUUGGGUAAGAUUUCUUAAUUCUCGGAUGGGAUUAGAAAUGCUUGUUUCGAGCUGAUGCAGUUGGUUUUAAAGCUUAGUUUUCUAGUGUACGCUGCUAUUUGUUUUUAAUGGUCUCUAUUCUUCUGCUGUAUCUUUUCCUUACUUUUGAUUUUAGGUUUUCUAUUUGUCAAGCGUUGCUACUUUUUCAUAUUGAAUGACUCUAUUUGAGAGAUUACGUUGUGUGAUAUGGAAGGCUUGCCUUCUGAGAGCGCAGCUUGAGUUAUGUUGUAGAUUAGGGUUUGGAUUUAGUGGAUCUGAUUGUUUUGAGAUCAGGAUUUAUCCCUGAAUGUAGUAUAUCAUUUUUUUUAUUGGUUUUGACGGUUGAGUUUUCUUUUGCAUACCAUGAUUUUUUGGACGCAUUAUGUUAGUUGGCUGAUUUUUCUGUCACCAGUAGUUUCAUCCUUCAAAUUAGCUUCUGCUUUUCUGUUUUUAUAUAAGAAUUGUGUGGAAUGUAGAUAGCUACAGCAUUCAACAUAUUUUUGCAUCGUUUUGACCAUUAUAUGUAUAUAUUAUGCUGUGUUAAUUUAUUAAUAGGCUCAAGUUCUUCUUUACUGUGUUAUUCUGUAUGAUGGAUUCAAGAAUAAAGAACGGGGCAUUUCAUUCCAUAGGUGUCAUGUUUUGGUGUGACAUAAUUUCCAUAUCUUUCAUCAGCAUUUAGGACUGAGUGGGAAAGCAUCCUUUGUUUGGUGAUUUUGUUGUUUCCUUGAAUUUCAGGCUCUCGUUUCCGGUCUGUUUAAUAUGUUUGCUUUGUUUAUGCAUUCAGUUUAAAAUCUCUCAAUGCUCUCAAAUGUCGUAGUUAAUAAUAGAUUUUCUGGACAUGCAGCUGACACCAAGAAAAAGGCUGAUGCCACAGCCCAAGCUACAAAGGUUGCGCAUGCAGUGAAGUCUGGGUCAACCUUCAAGAAGAAGGGCAAGAAGAUCCGCACUAAGGUUACCUUCCACCGCCCCAAGACAUUGAAAAAGGACAGAAAUCCCAAGUACCCACGCAUCAGUGCUCCUCCAAGGAACAAAUUGGACCAAUAUCAGAUUCUCAAGUAUCCAUUGACUACUGAAUCGGCCAUGAAAAAGAUUGAGGACAACAAUACUUUGGUUUUCAUUGUUGACAUUCGUGCCAAUAAGAAGAAAAUCAAAGAUGCAGUGAAGAAGAUGUAUGACAUUCAGACCAAGAAAGUUAACACCUUGAUCAGGCCCGAUGGAACGAAGAAGGCAUAUGUUAGGUUGACUCCGGACUAUGAUGCUUUGGAUGUGGCAAACAAGAUUGGGAUCAUCUAAGAAAUUUACAAUCUUGUUCCCUUUUAUCCAGGAUCAGUCUAUUUAAAUUGGGACAGUUUUGUUAGCUUGUUUGUCUUGGAUGGUAGUAAUGUUCUGGUUAUUCCGAACCUUAUGUAGCAUUUAUCUCGGUACCAGUUUUUGGUACACUGAAAAGAUCGUCAUUUUACAUUUGUUUAAAAGCUAUGAUGUAGUCAUCUAUCUUAAUCAUCUUCUAUUGCUUA